AUGUGCCUCUUUAUGGAGACUCACUACUUCAAAUGCAAUCAUACGUGCUUCGAGCUCUAUCUCUUUUGCCACGAGAUUCUCCGCCAACUGAACCGUAUCAACGACCCAGACCAGCUCAAAAACUACGAUUUGCCGUUUGACCCUGAUUGUCCCACCUGCCACCCAUACACAAUCACCAUGAUACCAACUGCCCGUCAUUCGGAUAUGAAAAAUCUGGGUGUGUUUUCGGAGAGUAACAUUGUGCACCAGACGAUGGAUUUAGUGCAGAGUUGCCCCGAUUGUAACGCGAAGGGAUUGUGA